AUGGACUUGGAUACAGAUGUUCCAAUGGAGGACGUCAGCGAGGAUGAACAGCAAUUGAAACAGCACCAAGAACAACGACCAUCUUCACAUAAGAACCAAGACUUGAGUGUUUCAACUGUGAAUCAGCUAGACCAGUGGAUUGAAAAACUCUCCAAGUGCGAACCUCUUAGCGAGUCAGAAGUAGAAAGGUUAUGUGAGAUGGCUAUUGACGUUUUGCAAUUUGAAGAAAAUGUCCAACCUGUUCAAGUUCCCGUCACAAUCUGUGGUGAUGUGCAUGGUCAAUUUCAUGAUUUAAUGGAAUUGUUCAAAAUUGGGGGACCCUGUCCUGAUACAAAUUACUUGUUCAUGGGUGAUUAUGUUGAUAGAGGCUAUUAUUCAGUUGAAACGGUAAGUUACUUGGUUUGCAUGAAAGUGAGAUUCCCAAAUAGGAUUACCAUCUUGAGAGGUAACCACGAAUCGAGACAGAUAACACAAGUUUAUGGAUUUUAUGACGAAUGUCUAAGAAAGUAUGGAUCUGCAACUGUAUGGAAACUUUUUACCGAUCUUUUUGACUACUUUCCGAUAACAGCUUUGGUUGAUAACAAAAUCUUUUGCUUACAUGGUGGUUUGUCCCCAAUGAUCGAAACUAUUGAUCAGGUCAGAGAAUUGAAUAGAAUCCAGGAAGUCCCGCAUGAAGGACCAAUGUGUGAUUUAUUAUGGUCCGACCCAGACGAUAGGGGCGGUUGGGGUAUUUCAGCAAGAGGAGCGGGCUUCACUUUUGGUCAAGAUAUCUCAGAGCAAUUUAACCAUACUAAUGAUUUGAGUUUAAUUGCGAGAGCUCAUCAGUUAGUUAUGGAAGGUUACUCAUGGUCACAUCAAGAAGCAGUCGUAACAAUUUUUUCUGCACCCAAUUAUUGCUACAGAUGUGGCAAUCAAGCAGCUAUCAUGGAAGUUGACGAACAUCAUGAUAGACAAUUCUUACAGUAUGAUCCAUCUGUUAGACCGGGAGAGCCUACAGUAACUCGAAAAACACCAGAUUAUUUCUUGUGA